CUGCUCGCUCCCCGCGGUCCGAUCCGCGCGGUGCUGAGCGAGCUCAGCCCCGGGCACGGCCGGCGACUUCAAGCUCUGCUUCCUCCCCGCCUCGCCCAGGUGUCAAUGCCAUGCUCAGGAAGGUGGCGGUGGCUGCCGCCUCCAAACCCCACGUGGAGAUCCGCCAGGACGGGGACCAGUUCUACAUCAAAACUUCCACCACUGUCCGCACCACUGAGAUCAACUUCAAAAUUGGAGAGAGCUUUGAGGAGGAGACGGUGGAUGGACGGAAGUGCAGGAGUUUGGCCACUUGGGAGAAUGAAAACAAGAUCUAUUGCAAACAAACUCUUAUUGAGGGAGAUGGCCCCAAAACAUACUGGACUCGAGAAUUAGCUAAUGAUGAGCUGAUUUUGACCUUUGGUGCUGAUGAUGUUGUGUGCACAAGAAUUUAUGUAAGAGAGUAAAAACAUCCAUUUACUUGUCAUCUGGGAUGAAGUGGAGAACUGUGAAAAUCCCCAGUACAAUGAGUAUCUGUGUGUGCUGUUACUAAUGCGGUGUUGUAUGUGACCGUGUGUGUUAUAUCUGAACCAAUAUCCUCUAUUAAGUGUAUUUUGCUUUCAUUUUUCAUCGCAGACAUGAUUCCUUCCCACUUUUAUGUCAUUAUUUUUUGUGACUGCUUUGUACUUUGUAGUUAUCACUUGCUAUGGUUUCAUCAGCUAUUAAACUUAUUGGGCAUAACUCACA